ACAGAAAAGCGGGCAACAGCGUGCUUUGCUAUGUUUUUAUUAUUUUUCCAUUAAAUUAUUGUAUUAAAUAACUAAAAAUGGCUAGUAAAAUUCAUAGGGUGCGGUAUUACAACCCUACUCCUCAAAUAAUUAACAGCAUUUCUUACAAUAAAACAAGUAAAAACAUUGCUGUGGCGAGGGCAGAUGCUUCCAUUGAAAUCUGGGAUUUGAACUACGCGCCUUACAUGGUGAAAUUCAUCCCGGGCGUAGAAGAUGGAUCGGUGGAAGCCCUUGGCUGGGUUAACGAUAGACUGUUGUCUACUGGACUUGGCGGUGCGCUGGUGGAGUGGGAUCUUGAUAAGCUAAAUGUCAAACAAACUGUGCUGCUUACUGGAUAUGCAGCUUGGUGUUUAGACGUGAACUCAUCCAACACUUUAGUGGCCGUGGGAACAGAGCAAGGUUAUGUCAAUUUAUACAGUGUUGAAAACGAUGAAAUUGUGUACAAAAAGCUGUUUGACAAGCAAGAGGGCAGGAUAAUGUGCUGUAAAUUUGAUAAAACUGGAAACAUACUAAUAACAGGAUCUAUAGACACAAUAAGGGUAUGGAAUGUAGAGACAGGGCAUGCCACUAGUCGUAUGCUGGCCAGUCGGCGAGGCAAGGAAACCAUCGUGUGGUGUUUGGCGGUUCUCUCUGAUAACAUUGUAGUUUCUGGUGACAGCCAUGGUAGACUUACAUUUUGGGACAGAAAGUUGGGAGAGCAGAUUGAGUCCUACACUACUCACAAAGCAGACAUACUAUGUAUAGAGGUAUCAGAAGACGAAAGCAGUCUGUACUGCAGUGGAGUAGACCCUGUUAUUACUAACUUUAUCAAAGUAAACAACAACACUAGUAAACAUCCCACAUUGCAGUGGGUUAAGAAUGUCCAAAGGAAUAUUCAUGAACAUGAUGUUAGGGUAUUAGCAUUGAAUGAUGACAGACUUGUGUCUGUAGGAGCUGAUGGCUACAUCACACUUUCCAGUUACCCCCCUAAAUGGGUAAUGAGGAUACCUCCCAUGAUACCUGGACCUAGAUCAGCAGUAUGUGCUAAGAAAAAACUUUUACUUUUAAGAUAUAGUAAUCACUUAGAAGUAUGGAAACUUGGCUCAUAUGCCACAACAAACAAUGGAAAAGUAGUUUUUUCAAACCAAAGCACAAAAAAUGUUGAACAAACAGAUAGCAACAGUCAGCUUGAGAAGGACACUCCAAUUGCUAUUUUAAAUAAUGCUUAUAAUCAGAACAACAAAAAUAAGAAUUUAAAGCUAACAGACAACCCAGUGAAAUUGGUUUCAGUUCAGACCAAAGGCAAAAAACAGAUUAAAUGCUGUGAGCUAUCACCAAGUGGAGAGUUCAUAGUUUAUUCAACAGAAAAUACAGUGAGAAUGCUGAAAUUAGAUACUGAUGAAGAUCAACAGAACACGUCACUAUCAAAAGUACUGAUCAACGGCGUGUCGUCGUCCUGCGACCGCAUCGCGUUCACGGAAGACUCCCGUACAAUGGCUCUGCACUGCGCGGGCAGUAUCCUGGUCUUACAGGUGGACCCACAAGCUGGCGCCACUGUCGUUCAGACGAUUUCUACCACCAAGCAUCUGAAAGCCUCAUCAAUACUACAUCUUCACAUAUCGAAGAAAACUUCGUCAGGAGCGAUAUAUUUGGUAGCAGCAGACACGCAGGGCGCCAUCGCUGUGUGGACAAAAGCGAAGAAGAAAUAUGAGCAUUACGUCACAUUGCCGAAGUAUAAGUGUGUUCCUUCGGCGCUAACAGUCGACAGUAAACAAGAAAGUCUUGUAGUGGUCUAUGUAGAUCAAAAGAUCGUCGAGUACGAGUUAGUUUCAAAGAAGUUCGCCGAGUGGGUGAAUACGGCCCUGCCUCCGGCGUGGCUGUCGCGCGAGGCGGCCGCAUCGUCUGUGGCGCCGCACCCCGCCCGAGAGGCGUUGGUCAUCGCGGAUAACACGUCUCUGUGGGUGCUGGAGAGAAAACAGUUUCAGGAACCGACAGAGCCAGCAUCUAAAAAGAAAUCAAACUCGGGCCAAAAUGUGGGCUUGAAAAUUGUACCCAUAAAGUACUUGGCUGGUUUCCAUUGGGUAGGCGACGACGAGGCAGUGAUAGUGGAAGUACUCCCGGAGAACAUAGUCUCGCAGCUACCACCAGUGAUAUCCAGAAAAUAAUUAUAAGGGGAAAAGCUAUAUUAAUGAAAAUACUUGUUUGUACACAAUAAAUCGUUUAUUUUACAUAUGA